AUAUGGCGGACUACACGUGAGUUUGUUGUUCUUGUCGGUAAAUCUGUGUUCUUCUUUCUGUACAACGCAAGAUAAUAUAAAAAAUCGGGAUUUAAUAUCUGCGAGGAUUCGGGCUUGGUAUAGCUAUCUUGUAAACAAUUUAACUUGUCGGUCGAGAUCUUGCAGAUUGGUUCAUAUUUUCAGAGUACAUGGUGGUGAUGCCUUCAUGCUAGCACUGCUUAUUUGUCCAUGCAUUGUAGAACAGUCACAUUCUUCUGAAAACAUGCCAAGAACAGAUGUAACUUCUCAAAACCAAUUGGGAUUAGAGCUACAAAGCGACGAAAAGAAGCCACGAAAAUCAUCGAAAUUAGCUGGUAAAGUUCUCCUUGGAGUUACUGGAGCCGCAGCUGUUGGACUUGUUCUUGUCACGACACCUUUUGUAACGCCAGCGCUGAGAAAAAUUUGUCUGCCUUAUGUACCAGCGACUGAAAGACAAAUUACUAAUAUAUUGCACAUGGCACAAGCUGUCAAAGGGCAAGGGUCAAAGUUGGUAGACUUAGGCAGUGGGGACGGAAGAGUGGUAAUUGCUGCUGCAAGACAAGGUUACAAAGCGCAUGGUUAUGAACUCAAUCAGUGGCUGGUUUGGUAUUCAAGACUACAGGCCAGGCUACAAGGACUUAACCAAAAGGCUACAUUUUCGAGGGCUGACUUGUGGAAGGUUAAACUGACAACCUAUGACACCAUUGUAAUAUUUGGAGUCUCAGAAAUGAUGCAAAAACUGCAAGAUAAAUUUCAAGUGGAAAUGAAGGAUGAUGCUCAAGUACUAGCUUGUCGUUUUCCAUUACCAAACUGGAAACCAACACAAGUGAUUGAAGAGGGAAUUGACAGUGUAUGGCUAUAUCAGAAACCCAAACCGUGAAUGAUUCUGUAUUUGUGACUAAUCACUUUGGCAAAGUAAAGCACUUUGGUAAUUUUCAAGAGCUACAGGCUGCCACAUCUAGUCCAUUUCUGUGCUAGUUUUUGCUACUGUGACAUUUUUUUGCCAUCUGUGCCAGUAAAUUUCCUCUGUCAUUCCAUUCUAUAACUUCCAUAUAAUGUAUAGUUCCAGAAAAUAUCAAUACCCAUCCAAGGAAGGUCAAAGGAAAUUCCAAGGAGGAGGGGGGUUUCAUAAGCCAAACUUUUUGAUUAACAACAACGACGACAACAACUCUAUUUACUCAUACAUUUACAGUUUUUUUUUUUGUUUUUGAAGGAAGUGGGAGGGGUAUAGAUAUGUUUUGGAACAACAGAAUUUGCAAGUAAAAAAGUUCUCCCUGCAGUGGUGC